GAGAGAGAGAUGACGUAAUGAAGCUACAGCCCAACAGGGAACCACAAUUCCCAUGAUGCACUUGAAAUGACAGUGGCCGCUGGACGGGGGAAGGGAAGCUGAGAUUGGAGGGAGAAACAGUCAGAAACUGAGUUUCCAGAUAUUGUGUACAUAUGACAGACCCUCCUCAGCAAUCUGACGAUACAAGAACUCUCUCCAUGACCCACGUCUCACUGGACACCUUCACUUCUUAUUCUGGACGUGUGCCUCUAUUUCAUGUGAGGCUGAAGACAUAACAAAGCUUUGUUUCAAAUUAAUUAAAACUGAACCGCGAGGUCUGUACUAGAUUUGUCUUUGGUGCCAAGGAAAUGAAGUGUCUCGGAUAGGGAGAGCCCAGCCCUGAAAAGCAAUGUCAUUGUCCAACGUCUUUGUACGUCUGAUGGUGCUGAGGAGUGGACCCACUGUCCAAGCAGAUCUGCGGGAAAGAGGAAGAAGGCCAGUUUCCAGGAAACUUGCAUUGAUGGAUGGCCAUUUUCUUGUGUCAGCUCUUGUAGGCCAAUAACCGCACAUUCCUGUAAGUGUACACUAUCAAGGACCUUUUCAUUGUAGUUCAUAAUACCAGGCUGCGAUCUCAACCACACAACCAUCAAUACAACGCAGAAAAGGAGAACAUGAUGUGCACAAUAUGGAUUCCUUCUGCAAGCGAUAGUUGUAGUAAAUCCUACUUGUGAAUGUUGACAUUGAGUUCUGAGGAGAAAAGCAUAGCUAGUUGGAGACACUACUAAUGUGCACUACAGAAGCCAUGGUGGUCCUGGCAUCACCUCCUCAGCUCAUCUCACUCCAUGACCACAGAAGCCUUUAAAGGCCAGGAUCAGGAACACGCUCGCCAGCCAACACAUACAACUCAUAUGCAAUGGAAGAAGAUCUUGAUGUCACAUCCCACACUGAGGGCCUGAAUGGUUUUCCCCGUGAAUGCAAACCAUUAGAGGAUAUCGUCAAUGGACAGUCCAACCAUAAGCCUGUCAUUAACGGAAUGAUAAUUAGUCACAACGUCACGGACCAUACCAACGGCAACGCACCACUCAGAUCCCUGCCGAUUUCAGCACUGAAGCAGAAUGGUCUUCUGCAGACUCUGGCAGCCGGAGAGGACCAGCCUAAGCCUGCAGAGGAAAAUGUGGAGUUGGAAAAGGCCAGAGAGGAGUGGGAGGCUCUGGAGAACGUACAACCAGCAAUCACUGAGGACUCAAACCCAACUCCCCUCAUCUCCUUCAAUGAAGCCCUGCAGUACUUCCAGACCACGGACCUCGGGGACUUGAUUAAGAACAUCCAGCCAACCAUACGCAGAACCGGUCUGGCAGCGAUCACGCAUUUCUUCUUCGGACCCCCACGGCUACACAGGGAACUCCUGGAGGAGAGGGACCUGGUCUUUGCCAUCGCAAAGUGCCAUGUGGACAAUAGCCAAGCAGUCCACAUGCGUGUACUCCAGACCAUUUAUAAGAGGCUGACUGGCAGCAGGCUGGACUGUCCUCGCUUUGGGGCCCACUGGGAAAACAUCGGCUUCCAAGGUACAGACCCAGCCACCGACCUGCGUGGCAGUGGUUUCCUAGGACUGAUGCAUACGCUGUACUUUGUGAUGGACCCAGAGACACUACCGCUGGCUAGAGACAUCUACAAGUUGUCACAACACCCUACACAGAACUUUCCAUUCAGUGUGAUGUCAAUCAACAUGACCCGCAUCGCUCUGCAAGUGCUCAGAGAAGAAGCCAUGUCCAAGGAGUGCAAUCGUCGCCAGCAAGUGGUUGGUGUGCUGAAUGAGUUCUACGUGGCCACGUAUCUGCACCUGUAUCAACUGUGGAAGACCCAACAGAAGACCAUCGUUGACUCUGGCUUUGUACUGAAAGAAGUGGAGCUGUUUGCCAAAAAGAACCCCAAGCAGAUGCUGCGCCGACUAGAGGUCUUCCUAAAAGAGAGACGGGCAGGUGGAAUCCCCCGUGGGACGUCGCCAGACCCACAGGCCCAACAGCCGUCUCCCAGCCUGGGGGCCAGAGCCGGGUUGGGACAGGGAAGCAAGGGAAAGGAGAUGCACUUCACGGGAGUGUGUGAACUUCCGCCAGACAUGGAGGGAGAGGCCAGACUCAUCUAAGCUAGACUCUGUGAGUGAGUGAGUGAAUAUAUCCUGUUUGUGAGUACAUCCAACACGGUAUGUGUGAGUGGCUUACUCUGAGAGAGCUAAAACCCCACCCCUCUCCGAUAUAGGACCUGCUAUCUGAACCUAUUCAAACACUUCCACUCCUUCCGUUGAUGCUGGGGUGCUGCACUUUGAUCAGAUUAAGCUUGGGGGUCUUUCAGAGCUCUGUUUCACGUUGUUUUAUAUAGAUUUAAUGAAUUUUUUUGAACAUAAAACUGAAAGCCAAUGCAGGUCAGAAACAUAAAGUGAAUCUUCUCUGGGUUUAGUAGCCAAAUUGAAAGCUGCCAAAUUCUCGGUUCAACUAUACGUUCCUAGAAGUCCAAAACGCAGACAUCUUCCCCUAGGGUCUCACAAUCGGGGUAUGUUGACAUUGCAGGGUUGGGUUGGGGAGUGGGCGCAUGGAGCCGAUUCUUAACAAGCCUGACUUUUUCUCUCGCUCUUAAUGCACAUUGUUCAAUGCUCCGUUAACUUUACAGUGAGAAGAAACUAAACCACUUUCAAUCCCUUCUACAGAGAUUGGAAAGCAGCAGGGGGGGGGGGGGAGAAUUUGCCAGUAGAUGCUGUCCUAAAAUAUCUCGCCGUGUAGACUUUGAAUGCAGCUUGCUUGGCGGGUGUAAUUUCUAUUAGAGCGUGAAUGAAAUGUUUGUCAUGUGAAAGAUGUGCGAGAAUGGUCCAGAUGUGUCGAGGCAUAGCCAGUUGUUGGUGCACUCAUGGCAAAUUUUGCCAGGGGUCUGAUAGACUUAGUCCAGAGCUCCCACUUGACAUGUGGGAAUAUAUUUUAAAUAAUUUAAAAAAAUAACUAUUUUAGACCUUUCUGAAGGGACAGCCGCCAUAACUUCACAGUUAGCAUAAAAGCAGUGCAGAAUGUUAUUAAACUAAUGGCUUAAUGAGCGAGGGAUGGGGUUUUUAACUGUUAAAAUCCACCAGAAUGUAAGAAAAUCCUCUGAAUUCUCAACUUUUUCGCGGUUAAAGCCCAGCAGACGUUUCAUAACAGGGUCUGUCUGCUCGGCUCGGUCCCGGCUGAAGUGGAAGGUCUGGUAUGAGCUUUCUCUACAUUCCGUUAUAAAGCAUGUGAUUGUAAUUUUAUUUUACCAGUUUAAAAUUGGUGUGUGUGUGCGUGUGUGUAUGAGAGGGAAAAAUGAAUGAGCUGAUAUUGAUGAAGGGUGCCUCCUAGGAGAUGUAUGGUACAGUAUGCAAUCCCAGCUCUCACUCAAUGAUAAUCAAAAUGAUAGUGCUGUGUGACGAUAGAAAUCGUUCCUAACUUCAGGGUUUGUGCGCUUUUGCAAGCAAAUGUGUUGCGUAUGGAAGUGCGUGUGUGUUGUAUGACAGGGACUGACUACAGAUGGGGUGCUUUCCUUGCACACAAUAAGCCAGCUUUACUAAGUACUUGAUCCAUCAAGCUGCAAAGACGGUACUUUUCUCAUUUUAAAAAUGGUACAUAACAUUUCCCGAGGACAAGAUUUAUCCCAAACAAAGAACACAUUAUUUGGUUUGCUUUUAAAAACAAAAACAAAAAAACAAAUAUUGGUUCUGGACACGGCUGCAGUCAGCGGCUCCGUGGCCCGGAAUGGAUAGAGUUCCUCUGCAAAGCUGGUUCCUGCUUUGUGCUAAUGUGAAACCGUCUCCCAUCGUCGUAGUCUCAAUCUGUAGCAUGUUCAGGUAGCACUAGUACUGUAGCAUCUUAUAGCCUCCUCCUCUUCGUAAAGCUUGUUGAUGUCAUGUCUCAGUUUCAGUCCGUAGUGUCUAUUGGUGCGCAAACUGUUACUACUAUAGCACAUUUAUUUUGUAUAGACACACGUUCAUUUGGCGCAGCACAUGUUGUGCAGAGAUGUUGGAUCGGCUCAACAUGUUAUUGAGCUGAAUCUUGCUCCACAGUUAAAGCGGUGCCUACAGCCAGUGGAGCCAUGUGGGGGCAUGUAGAGCGCUGGUUUAUCCUUGUUUCCUUUUUUUCAUUAAUUUGAUCCACCGUGCCACAGUAAACGUCCCACCAUUAUUGUAAUGCAGUAAACAUAGUUGAUGUGACCCCCUAAAAACAUGCAGGCCGAAUGGAUAUAUACAAAAGCAUGUACAUUUUCCAUGUCAUCAUCUACUCGGAUCGUUGUACUUUGUCAUCUCCAUUCUCAACCUUAAUAUCUUAAAAGACAAACAACGGUGAUGUAGUUUAGCCAAUUGUUUUGACUGAACAGGAAAAUCUGCACUGUUGUAGAUAUUUGAUAGUGUGUGUGUGUGUGUGUGUGUGUGUGUGUGUGUGUGUGUGUGUGUGUGUGUGUGUGUGUGUGUGAGACAUAUGCGAGAGGAAACAGGCCAUCUUCAAUAGCCAUAAUGUUCAUUACCGCCCACCUCAUAAAAAACAGGCUUGGUGGAGUCCGAUCCCCCCCCUCCCUCUAAGAAAAAUUGCACCAUGGGUAUGAUCUCACAUUUAGUUUUAUUCUAUUUUAAACUGAGGAGCAGUGCAGUGUACGUAAAUCAGGAAGUUUGUAUAUAGAGAAUUAUUGAUUGUAACUGUAUGAUUGUCUGUAGGGCAUUAUACUGAAACACAUUGCUUACCUCAAGACUUGAGACAAAUCUCUCCUUUCUCUCCCCUGAUAUUUGUUUGGCCUCCCAGUCAGACUCUCUUUUUAUGUUUCCUUGUACCUAGGCCUUCUCUCAUACCGAUUGGACGUGUUAUAUAAUGUAUAUUCAACACCUGAAGCACUACGUAAUAGCAAAUUAACACAAAAGCUGGUCAAUGUUAUGUGUAUUCUAUUUAAAGACACAUGUAUAGACGAUAUAUAGGCCCACACAUGCUCCAAAGUCCUUUUUAAAAAUGAUCUAUAAUUGGCCGAUGUUAACCAUGUUUGAAAUAAGCUGGUUUCCCUCGUGGCUUCAGUGAUAGUACAGUAUACUUUGGCUGUGUUUAAGUGUUCGAUGUCUGGAAACACUCAGAAACAAUCCGUUCUUUACAGCUACAGUCACAGACAAACAGUUAAGUAUGUGAUUGUGAAGAUAUAGACUUGAUAAGCAGUCAUAAUAAGUUGUAUGCUUUGACCUUGGUAUCUAUUCAGUAUCCAAAAGAGACCUAAUUUAUCCUCCCUAUAGCCAAGUCAUAUUUUCAGCAGUUGUAAUAGAUCAUAUUCCUAUGCGUUGAUCAUCAUUUGGAAUCGCCUCAGUUGUGACACCAGAACCGAUAGAAGAAGAAAAAAGGAAACGGGUUCUUGCAGGAUGUCGGAUGCUCUGAGCGGUUUGAUGUGAAGUUCCGCUUCAGUUCUCUCAAUAUCCUGCGCUUUCUAUUAAAGGUGUUUUCCUGUUGCCGUCGUCAUGUCCCUCAGAGCAUUUUAUGACUGUACCUUGAUUGUAGAAAUCCUAUUUUAUACUGAGAGUUAUUUCAGAAAACAGUAUGUGCUGUUGUACAUUAAAUGUAUUGUAUGGAGAAAGCUAAAUAAAUGCUGUUUAAAAAGGAA